ANAUAUCAGAUUUUGGUCUGGCCAGAAAGGUCGGAGAAGAUUACAGCUAUACGUCUAGAUCAAAGCGACCUCUACCAAUAUUAUGGAUGGCGCCGGAAGCUAUAUUUAACGACCGGACCAGUAAUAAAAGCGAUGUUUGGUCGUAUGGUAUUUUAUUUUGGGAGAUGAUCACUUUGGGGUCGCGACCCUAUCCUGGUAAAUCAGGACCGCAGGUUCUAGAGAUGUUAAAACAGGGAGAGAGAUUGGAUAAUCCUUCUCAUUCUACUUCAGAAAUGUAA